UAAAGAUAUUCAGCUAUAUUGCCAGGGAUGGCAUCAGCAACACUUUUCGAUGCAAUGUGUUUAAAUCAAAGAAAAAGAGCCAAGCAAUGCGAAUUGUUCGUACAGUAGGGCAGGCCUUUGAGGUCUGUCAUAAACUGAGUUUACAGCAUGCUAAAGAAAAUGCAGAUGGGCAGGCGGAUGGUGCAAGUGACAAAGCAACAGAAGAACAAUACACUGGAGGUCACCAGUUCCCUGGAGUAAAGCAGAAUGGGGCUAUGGGCAAGGAGGUGGAAUCUCACAGCACUAGUGAGUUGCCAUGUGAACUGGAAAUCAUUAACGCAGCGCAAACUCUUAAAGAGAGAAAAUAUCAGGAUCCUGAGAGUGGAAGUCCUUUUGUUUUGUCAGCUCAGCUGCCACGAUCUCCCAGCAGUCAGUGCUCCUCUCCUACUCCACUGGCAUCCCAACACCACUUGCAACUGCUCCAACACCAGCUUUUACAGCAGCAGCAACAGACACAGGUGGCUGUGGCUCAGGUGCAUCUGCUGAAAGAUCAAUUAUCAGCUGAGACGGCAGCUAGAAUUGAGUCGCAGGCCCGUGUUCACCAGCUCAUCCUACAGAACAGGGAUCUCCUACAACAUGUCUCCCUCUUGGUCAAGCAGUUGAAGGAUUUUGAGAACAGAAUGAGUGCACAGCAGACAGUUGACCCGACUAUGAGCUCCAUUUCUGAACAAAUUUCAUUAUUGACUCUUCACCACCACAAUCUGAUAAUGAAUGGACCUUCCACCUCCACCCCAGGAAGUGUUCCUAUUGCUUCUGGUAGGCCAAGCGCAUGGACCAGCCAUGACAACAAUCAGUCAUUCGCUAAUCUCAUGAAUUUGGAUAAAGAGAACCAAGAUUUAACGAUGCAAAGUAGGCACUGCCAGACAAUGACUGAGAAGAAAGAGGAGAGCAGAAGGAUUGAAGGCUCAGAGGGCAGUGAAAAAACUGUUGCCACUGGUGAGAUUGCUGCUGACUUUAAACUGGAAGACCCGAGCCUGGACAUGAAGAAUGGAAGGUUUAAUCAGACCAUUCCACGGCUAAACCCACCACCACCUGUCAUGAGGAAGCGUUCAGCUCGGUCGCUCCUGCUAUCUACUGAGACAACCUCGCCUUGCAUCAAGCAAGUGGUCAUGAACAGCCUGUUGCAGUCUUCAGAUGCGUCAAGUUUUACAGAUGUUUCCUCCUGUACUUUUGCACCAUCUGACUUUGAAUCAGAAGUUGGACUGUCUGCAGAGGAGCGAACAACCCAGUUUCCACCUGCAGCUCUUCCUGCAGGAGCCAAAGCUCGCGGUUUGAUUCUCAGCAAAGAGUCAAAUGAGCAAAACAGAAUUCCAAGCACAACUGAAAGCUGUGAGAACCAGGCUCAGACAAUGAUGGCCCUUGUAGAUUUCUCACUCCGCAGCCAAGCCAGCUCCUGUGAUGGUGUGGAGCUGGCCGAAACCAGUCCACCUUUCUCCCCACCCUUUUCCCCGUCAAUCAAUGAGACCUGCUUGCACAUCAGCUUCUCAGAGGAUGAGCUGUUGGACAAUGAUGCUGAAGAUUCAAGAGAACGUCAAAAAGCCUCAAUAGAAGAUGCAGAGGAUCAAAAUUUAAAUAAUCUAACCUCUGACUAAAGCUCUUUGUUGUUACAGGAAUAUUUAAUGACCUUCGUCUUCAGUGAUCUCAAAUUAUACUCGUGUGCAUUUCAAGAUCAGCUGACUUCAAGUGAUGGAAGAGUUGACAGGUCUGGAAAGCCUUUCACAAUACCUUACAUGAUUACUAGUUUUCUGAAGGGGGAUUUCUCCAGUAGGAGAUCUGGAGUUUGACACUAAAUUCAAGAUUGUCAACAAUCAAGGCUGAAUUCAAGCCAGCUCUACAAUUCCAAGUUCGUCAGGGCUCAAACCUAGAUGGACUGUGAGAAAUCCAAAACUUUCAAGGAACGUGCUUCAGACAGUGCACAUUUUUCAGGGAUGUAAUAAUCAAGAAAUGCAGGAGAUAAGUGUCAUAUUCAAUAUUGUAUGAAGGGUACCUGUCCGCAAACUUUCCUGUUUCUGCUCAGUGUAAAUCACACUAAUGUUCACCUUGUAGGUGUCACUUGUACAAUGUGGAAGGGAAGAAAACAAUUAGAGACUUCUUAGUUGAGGUUAUUUUGUUCCUCAGCCUCUAAAGGUGAGCUCUUUCUGAUAUACCGUCCAACAAUUUGGUGACCUCCUCAUUGUAAUGUUGUCAAAGUUCCUUAAGCUGCAAGAAUUCAAAGCCCCUCAGCAGCUCAGAGAAUAAGGUGCUGGCCAUUCAAAGAUUCCUUUUACACCCACAAAGAUAUAAAGGUACAGCACAGUGAAGUCAACAGGCUACAGACAAAUAGGAUUUGAGGGGGACAUUGGAAUGAGACCUUAUGGGAAUGAGACCUUAAGGAAAAUUGAGUGUAGAAUAUAUCAAUUAAAAUUACCCCAUUGCUGAGGCUGGCAUCACUUUGUAAGACAUUUCCACUUACACUGUGCAGAUUGUGAAAUUAUCAAAUGUAAUUUGAACUCUUGCACUGUCAUUUACUGAAGGGCUGACUGAGAAAGCAAUUUGUAUACACACCUUUAUGUUGAGUCUGUUUUACACUGUAUAUACUUGUGUUGAAUACACUAUUGCAUGUGUUAAUUCUUAGAAUCCCUACAGUAUGGAAGCAGGCCAUUUGGCCCAUUGAUUCACACCGACCCUCUGAAGAGCAUCC